AGAAAAAAUGUUGGUGGCGGGUAGUAGUCAAAGUGUCGUUGUGAUAAAAGUUUUGUGAAAGUGUGAAAGACGAAGAGGUUUCUUGUGGGCGCAGGUGCUAUCCGCCUACCACUCCAUCAGUGGGCAAGAAUGCGCGUGGGGAUGCGCGACGCCAGGCGCCGCGCCGCACCUUCAACGUAAUCGAUCGGACGCUAGGGGGCGCGUUUGUCGGGGCAGUUUGCAGGGUUGCUGCUUGUAGGGGUCACAGAUAGUCCGAUUGAAUUUUGGUCGAGAAUGGACAAAAAGAGACGGAUCGGGCUGAGAAUAUGCGGUGCCGUGGUUUAGUGACAGUGCCGGUGCCAUAGAGGAGUGCGCGGGCCAGCGGCGGGACGACGGCCGCACCAUAAGAGAUGCCGUGAUGGCAAGAGAGGAAUCCCGCGGAAAGAGACCCUUCAAGCUAUGGGACGGGCGUCGUAGUGUGCGCAAGGGGCUGGUGGUGGGGAGCCUCGACGAGCUAGUGCAGCGCGGAAGAGACAAGCUCGGCGUCUCCAUCGGAGAGCCGGUGCGAUUGGUGUUGGAGAGCGACGGUACCCAGGUCGAAGACGCCGAGUACUUUCGGACGCUACCUGCCAACACCAUCCUUCUGCUGCUGAGGCCGGGCGAGCGAUGGCUGCCCGCCGGCGUGGACGUCAUCCGAGCAGUAGCCAUCUCAGCGAUCCCGAAGAUCGUGUGCGAAACGAUCCACGCUUUGGAGCUGCACGAUGAAACGCCCUCGUGGAAGAUCAUGGACAACAAGGGCCGCGUCACCGUCGUGCUUCACUGGGACCAGCGUUCGGCCCCGACGAGGACCUCCUCGGAGACGCCGUCGCCCGCCCCCGGCAAGUUCUCGCCGAGCAAGCGGCCCUCGCUCGUCAUCCAGACUUCCGUGGGGGGCAAGAAGGAGACUCUCAUCAAUGAUGUGUACGUGCCUCCAGGCCAGCCCCAACCUCGCUACUCCAGCCCUCAGAUCACUGUGAUAAACCACGACGACGUUAAACCCGUUCAUCGGCUGUCCAAGCAGGGCAGCUCCUUGGAGAGCGCCACCAUUCACAUCCAUACGCCCGAGUGCGCCCACCACGCUCACAUGCCCCGCGCCGGUAGCCCCCAGAGCAACGGCGCGAUCGAGUGCGACUUCCACUGCUGUGCCCUCCACGAGGAGGGCCGGAAGAUAGCCGUGCACAAGAGCGUGGCCACGUCGCCGAUUCAAGAUGCUCAACAGCAGACCUCACCGCAACCGCCAUCAUCUAGACACGUGCGUUUUUUAGACAUUGAAGGUGGCGGCCGACACGGCGGCGGGCAGUCCGAACACGAGAGCUCCGAAAGCGAAACGGAGAACACCGUGAUGGAGGACGAGGCCGUCACCUCUGAAAAAUUCCUGCUGUUGAUCGACCAAUUGAGCGUCGAUCAGAAACGACAUCUGAGCAUCAAAGAUAUCGGGAUCAUACUCGAAAGGCUCAGCUCGAAAAUUUUGGACGUUGAAAGGUUAGAUCGCGAGAGCGAAAGCGACGAUUGCUACAACUGGACCAUCAAAGCGACGAUUCGCGGCGAUGUUCUGCGCGAAUUGGGCGUCAUCUACAACGGCAACUAUUACGCCAUUUCGGAACAUCCAGGUUACAAGGAGGAGAACGAGGGGGUCAUUGAGGAGGCAGAAGAAGAAGAAGAGGAAGAAGACAGGCUGUGAACUGACAGCUAACGACUGCCAAUGUCAUAAUGCACAAAAGCAGACUCUAGUAAUAAGCACAGGUGCAAAAUAUCACAUAUCGGAUGUGAACUUUGUAAACCGUACUCCGUACUGACUUGCCAUGGUGAUCGAUCCUUCUUAAAACACGCGUUGCGAGUUGUGCGGGGCGACGACUGCCACACCGUCUCGUAGUCUAAUAAACAAAAAAUAUUGAUACCUAUUGGAAAUUAAAUGAGAAAAAGAUAAAACCACAAAAAAAUCAUUAAGGAAAACAUAGGAAAACAAAAUUAACGACACGACUUGACUAGUUGUAUAGGGUUGACAAUCGAUUCUCGAUCGGUGCGAUUCGAUUCGUUCGUUUAAACGAGUUUUUAAGUCACCGACGAUGAUUACACACGAAUACUGAUGCAAAAGAACAUGAAAAAUUGUGUUUGUAUAGGUAUCCUUGUUAAUCAUGUAAAUCAUUUAUAAAUAAUAAAACUAUUCGCUUA